AUGGCCGGCUAUAAGCGUCGCCGCGCGGAAUCUGUGGACCUCGUGACAGCCGAGUCCGUCUCGGAAGCAGACGAACCUCGACACAACCAAGCCAACGAGGAGUUCGUACCGCUGGUUGUCACGGCGCCAGAGGCUGUUCAACUUGAAUUGGACGUCGACAAGUUGAAUAAGCGCCUGGCCGACGGGAUGAACUCGUCUGGUUUCAAGGACCCAAGUACGGAGAAGAUCCGUGAGCUGAUCAAGGCGGCACUCUGCAAAAUAGAGGUGUCAGAGGUUAUGAUCGGCCUUUCUGGUAACAUGGGCGGAGGCAAGAGCGCCACUAUGAACUCCUUCUUUGGGGUGGGAAAGAUCGCGCGCGAAGGCGCAAAUGGGUUCUCUUGCACAUUAUCCAGCAACAAGUUCUGCAACGCCAAAGAUGACCAGCCACUGGAAUUUCAGGCCGAAGUCUUCUUCUUCGAUGGCCCACAACGUCGGGAACUUCUCGCUGGACUUCUUCAAGACUACCGUCGAUUCUCGGCGUCUGACGACUCUGUGGACGCAGACGAUCGUGUUGAAAGCAGCCCGGAGAGACUCAUGGCAGUAGAGCAGACCCUGCUCUCUCUGCUUUGCAAUCGUGCGGAAUGGAGCGACCUGGAAAGCAUACAGAAACUUUUGAGCGAGCCUGACAACGACGAGUCCCUUCUGUUAACACUGGAGCGACAUGUCUAUGACUCAAUUCAAACGGCUUCCAAACAGACACAAACGGUUUUAGUUAACGCCGACAAACCGAGGCAAUUGCAGACUGUUCUCGGAUCGUUCGUCACCGAGGGUACCAAUAUAAGAAAGCCCAAGCACUCCCUGGCGCCGAUGGUGUCGCUGGUCGAGUAUCGCUUCAAGAACCCGAUGCUCGCAACAGGCGCAUCAUUCAUCGAUACGCCCGGCGUGUCCGACCCCAAUCCAUUCCGUCGAAAGAGCGCAGAGAUUCAUGCUCCCAAAAUCACUCAUGCACUCAUCAUGGUCGACGUUUCGCGUGCUGGAUCUGAGUCGGUCGUCUGGGACGAAAUCAUUCGGCAUUCUCAUCUGGGGACGGGCCGUGUCAUGCUUGUCGUUACCAAAACCGAUUCCUGGCAGAAAGAUGGCGAGCUAGAGAUGGACGAUCCGCAUGAUGUCGACAUGGCAAACACGUUGCAGUCCGAAAUGGAAGACGUGAAGCAAGCCCGGGACGAAUUGAAGGAGAGGCUCAAGGAUUAUACCGGCGCAGACCCUCCCGAAGCCGUACCAGUCGAAUUGGCCGCACAAGCGAAGAAGCUGUCACUGUUUUACAAGCACAAGGAGAGACUUCUCACCCGUCACAACCUUCUCGUUCGUAACGAGCAGGUUAAGACGGCACUUACCAACAAGAUGAGCCGCAAGCUGGCAUCAAUUGGAUCCGUUCCGAUCUUCAUGGUGGGCAACAAAGCCUACCAGGCCUACCUGGAAGGCUUCGAAGCGGGCGAUGGUCCAGCUCUCACCCUGGAGGAGACAGGCCUGCCCGAGCUCCGUCGCCAUGUGGCGAUGUUGCCCAAUGCCCUCCGUCUGAAUGCGAUCGACGUCCGUCACACGAGGAUCUCCCGCAUGAUGGCUCGAGUUAAUGCGUUUGGCGAUCAACAGGAAAUGGCAUCCAAGGGACAUGUCGUUGCCCUCAUCAGCGAUACGGACAAUAUCAAGAAAUCGAUCGAUGUGUCAUUCGCUCGACUGGAGAACGAGCUGAAGCGACGCUUUCUUGAUGUGUUGCGUAGACAUGAACAGCCAUGGCUGGAUGCUGUUCAGGUCAAGGUGAAGAAGUGGCUUGCGGAGAAUGGGGUCACACCAUUUCUCACCCUUAUGAGAGUUGGUGGGGUCCGUGGACCCGGCAGACAUGGGAAGAUCGAUAUGAUUGAGGAACUCCUCCAAUUGUAUCGAAGGGAUUUUCCCCGGGCCUGCACUGCUCCAGCCCACGAUGCGAUUGCGAAGUGGCAAGGGGAGACACGGGUCGAGAUCGAUCGACACUUUGACGACAUGGUGAAGAAAGUGCAAGAUGCCUGUAAAGGCAGGAGUGUCGAUGCAAAUGAUUUCCUCGUGGCCGUGCAGGCGUUGAGAAAUGCUUUCGAGGACAACUACAGCCUUGUGGGCGUAGCGCUCAAGAACACCAUCGGGACCGUCCAAACGAACACCACUGUCAAAUGCGGCACCAACUACAUCGCAAAAGAAAUGAGGCGGAUUUUCGGCGAGAUUUACCUGCUGCGGAACGGGGAUGAUCGACCCAAGAUGCAGAGGAAGCUGAUGCAAAUCUCCUAUCCUAAGCAGCGUCCACCAGCCUUCAUACAGGCGACGUCUAUAUCUGGACCUGGUGGUAUCUGGCACGCUGUCGUCACCGCAGCAAAAUCAGAAGUGGCGAAAGGAAUUGGCGAGCAGAAUGAUGCACUCCACAGCGCCUUGGACAUCUUCACCGACGCCGUCAAAGAUGAUUUCGAGGAGACAUUUGCCGACAAGUUCAAGCCAUCCGAUGAGGAAUUGACACUUCGCAAUGCGAUGAAGAAGAUGUCUCUGGUCAUGGAGAAAAGCGUUCGGAAUGAUAUGGCGGGACGCGUGAAGGCGUUGAGGGCCGGAAACUUCGUUUCUGGCGAAUUGCCAAAGAUAGUCUACUUCUCACCUGCAAUCACCAUCGGCGUCGAGCAAUUUUACGACUUCUCGCUCUCAUCGCAACCUGGCAUGGAACGUGUCGUGGACAGGUCGGAGCUGCUAUCCGAUGCCAGUCCACCCCCUCCCUCUCCGAACAUCGAUGAGCUCAAACACCUGGACCAGUUCGAAUAUGUUUCACACAAGGCCGAAACCAAUGGGGAUAUAGCAAUGGAAGAUGAGGAAGAACUAGACUUCUGCCUCUUUGCGCCAUCAUCAACCGGUCAAGUCCAAAGCAAAGCAGCCGUCUCCAAGAUCAGGCUUGCAUCUCCCGAUGCUUCAAAUGCAACGCCGAGUUUUGUCGUUCCAAGCCGGGACGUGAGUUACUACUUUACGGAUACAUUGCAACCCGAUGAACGACAAACCUUCGAGGUAGCCGCAGUCAGUGGGCAGGAUGUCAUCUCACACUCGCAUUCGAUAUGGCCAGGAUGUACGUACGAGUGGCGAGUACUACAUGUCAAGCCCACCAAGAAACAGAGGCAGGCCUUGGCCCGGUGUGAUGCCCUAUAUGCCAAGCCAGACGAGCCCUCGGAAUCGGUCUCCAAACGCACGAGGCCGGGCAAGCAGUCUCGACUCAAAAUUCGAGCCAAGCAAGCGGCGAUCAGGGCGGAGGAGGAGGAGCGGAGGAAGGCUGCGGAGUUGAAGGAGGCUGCUGAGCGGGAGAAGCGUACGAGGAGGAAUCGCGAGAAGCAGCAGAAGAAGAGGAGUCGCGAGAAGGCAAAGAAGGCGGGUACGGGCACGAGUGAGGGCAAUGAUGGGCAGGAGUCGCAGCCGGAUUGA